AUGGCGCCCCAGAUCAUCACCAACACCAAGCACAAGGCGCCCGCCAACGUCAACCGCGGCAACAUCUUCGAGUUCCUGCACUCGAACCCGAACAAGGUCGACGACAACCGGCCCGCCUACAUCCGCCUCGACGGCAAGACGGUGACGCGCCGCCAGGUGUACAACGAUGCGCGCAGCCUCGCCCACGCCUUCCGCCACCGCCUCGGGCUGCCCGCCGGCGCGCGUAUCGGCAUCCUCAGCCCCAACUCGACCUACUACCCCGUCGCCGUGCACGCCGGUCUCUGCGCCGGCGUCGUCCUCGUGCCCAUGAACGCCGCCUACACGGCCGAGGAGCUCCUCCACCCCAUCCACGACGCAGAGGUCGAGUACCUCCUGUGCCACCAGUCGCUGCUGCCCGUCGCCCGCCAAGGCUUCCAGCUGGCCAAAAAGGGCCUCAAGUCGCGCAACGGCCAGAACCGCAUCUGGAUCCUCGACGACGGCGACGACCUCAAGCGCGGCGACCAGGGCGAGGAGGACCUGCGCACCCUCCUCUCCGACCACCGUCUCGAGCCCCACAAGGUCACCGACGACGAAAACACCGACGCCUACAUUGCCUACUCGAGCGGCACCUCGGGCAAGCCCAAGGGCGUCCAGCUAACCCACCGCAACAUCACCUACGUCACCAUCGCCGCCUGCGUCACCUUUGACACCGACAUUGGCCCGGACGACGUGUACCUUGCCGUGCUGCCCCUCAACCACAUCUUUGGGCUGGCCAAGUUCUGCCACAUGGCCUACUACAACGGCUCGGCCAGCGUCGUCGUGCCGCGCUUCGACCUCGACGUCUUCUGCGCCGCCGUCCAGAAGCACCGCUGCAACAUCGCCUACGUCGUGCCGCCCAUCCUGGUGCAGCUGACAAAGAACCCAAAGACGGACCAGUACAACCUGAGCAGCCUCAAGUGGGUCCUCUCGGGCGCGGCGCCGCUCGGCAUCGAGCUUAGCAACGAGUUUGAGAAAAAGUUCCCCACGAUCCGCGUCACCCAGGCCUGGGGCCUGAGCGAGACGUCGCCGACGGCCACCUACACGUCGUACCGCGACUAUCGCACCUACGCCGGCAGCUGCGGCCACAUGGUCGCUGGCGUCGAGGGGCGCCUGGUCGACGACGACGGCAACGACGUCGGUCACGAGCAGGGCGAAAACGGCAAGCCGGGCGAGUUCUGGGUGCGCGGGCCGUCGAUCAUGCGCGGCUACCUCAACAACAAGGAGGCCACCGACGACUGCAUCACGCCCGACCGCUGGUUCAAGACGGGCGACAUUGCCAUUGUCAACAAGCAGGGCUACUUUUGGAUCGUCGACCGCAAAAAGGAGCUCAUCAAGUUCAAGGGCUUCCAGGUGCCGCCGGCCGAGCUCGAGGCGGUGCUGCUGGGCCACCCCAAGAUUGCCGACGUGGCCGUGAUUGGCGUGUACGACGACUCGCAGGCGACGGAGCUGCCGCGCGCCUACGUCGUGCCUUCCGAGGCGGCCAAGUCGACGGAUCCGGCGGCGCUGGCAAAGGAGAUUGUCGAGUGGACCGCGUCCAAGGUGGCCAACCACAAGCGCCUGCGAGGUGGCGUCAAGAUUGUCGACGUCAUCCCAAAGAGCCCCUCGGGCAAGAUUCUGCGCCGCAUCAUCCGCGACGAGGCGGCAAAGGAGGCCAAGAAGUAG